AUGCCCCCUUUAACUCCCAUUCUCGUGUUGGACUUUGAUGGUACCAUUACGACAAAGGAUACGAUUGGUACAUUGGCAGAAAUCGGCCUCCAAUUCCAGCAGCAGCGCGGGGUUGAUCUCUCUUCAAAAUGGCAGCAGAUCCUGCUAGAUUACAGCAAAGACCAUGCCAACCAUGUGUCCACGUAUCUUCCAAUCGCAGAUGACAGAUCCUCGCUCAAAGACGAGCUCGCCUUCUUGCGGGGUCUGAAGGAGGUUGAAAUGCUAUCAGUCCAGAGAGUCGAGAGCUCAGGCAUCUUCCGGGACAUCGGCCUGGAAUAUCUUACACUUGCCGGUGAAACUUGUCGAAAGGAAGGGAGAGUCAAGUUAAGGGAUGGUUUUGCGGAGCUCAUGAAUGCUGCCAGAGAGAAGGGCUGGUCCGUCGCAGUAGUCUCCGUCAACUGGUCUAGAUCAUUCAUCAAGGGUGUCCUCUCAGACUAUAGCGUCGACGUUGUCGCUAAUGAGAUCGAGCUGAACGGAAGCAUCUCAGGGCCGGAAGUAGCAGGCUCAUCAACAAGGCAGGCAUCUUUGAUGACGUGCGAGGAUAAGCUGCGAGCCCUUCGAACAUUGGCGGCUCGGCGAGGAGUAGAGGAUGUUGGGGCGCUGGUGUAUUUUGGCGACUCCACUACGGAUAUUGAGUGUCUUUUGGCAACCCGAGGAGUUGUGAUAUCGUCCAACGCCGAGUCGAGUUUGAUGAAGACUCUGAGGAGAAUAGGGUACCAAGUGCCAAAGGUGGAUAAUGUCCAGGCGCCCGAAGGCACAGCAUGGGCAUCAACCUUUAUAGAGGUUCUCGAAACAACCAUGUGUUUCUACCGUGCCACCGUAUACGAGUGCAAGCACAGUGAACUCGGCAAAAAGGUUACAGUCUGCAAAUUGCAGAGGGACCUCCUCAAGUACACGGAAAGUGCUACUAGUCACACAUGCAUCGAGCGCCGUGUACACUCGAUGAACUGCGUCCGGAAGGCUGGAGUGUGUGACAAGUGCAAGCGUCUGGACACACUCAGAGACCGCACGGCAGAUGCGUUCAAGAGCCUACAGAACACGCUACGAAAGCGCAACGUUGUCGAUGACGAUUCUGGGGGUGAUGGCCUUAGAGCUCUCGAGACCUUUGAGGCUGUCGAGGUCCCCAAGGUUGAACUUGAUUCGGAUGAUGAUAGUACUGCAGCUCACGAGAUCUUUGAGCUUAUCCCGACUCCUAGGCUUGACAUGACCCCUGACGAGCUUGAUGACGAGGGUGCCACUUCAUCGAAGGGAGAGACCUCUGCGGCUUCUGAGGUCUCGGAAACCUCUGAAACCCAAGGUGCCUCUGAGUCUUCCCGCGAAACGGUCGAGGCUAUUGACACAACCAAGAGUAUUGUCGAAGAUGAGGCUACGGGAGAGCCGCAAGGCUCUUCUACUUGA